AUGGAUAUUGUCUUCCUUCCGUUGGCUACGUCGCUAGGAGUGUCUAUAGAUCAAGUCAAGCUAAUAUUCUGUCUUUUGGUGUCUUACCCUCUGGGCAGCGUUUUUAUCCGUAUACCUACCUCGAAGCCCACGAUGAAGCAUCUAUUCAACAUCGCCAUCAGCCUCUUCUACUUUCUUCCCGUCCUCAAUCUGUGGUCUGGAACCCUACAACUUCUUGUUAGCGUUUUGGGUACGUACUUCUUGGCUGCGAAAAUCAAGAGGGGCCGAAUGCCGUGGAUUGUGUUCGCUUUCGUCAUGGGUCAUCUAACUGCAAACCAUGUAAUCAGAACUUUUCGUAAUCAGAGCUACGAAACGUUCGAGAUUACUGGUCCUCAAAUGGUGUUGACCAUGAAACUUACGACCUUCGCAUGGAAUGUCUGGGAUAGCAGACGACCUGUUGAAGAAUUAGAUCAGUGGCAGCGAGAGAAGCGUGUUGUGCAAUACCCAUCUCUAGUAGAAUUUCUUGGAUACAGUUUAUAUUUCCCUAGCGUUCUUGUAGGACCUUAUCUAGAAUAUGCAGAUUACGUGGCUUUGAUAGAUGGCACUAUCUACAAGAAGCCAGUUGUAGACAAGAACCGCAGGCUUGUACCGCACGGGAGGAAACGCGUAGCCUAUCGCAAGAUGGUCAUUGGAUUGGCUCUACUAGGGAUUUAUGUGACUGGCAUAUCUACGUUCAGUUACAGUGCGACAGCUCAGGAAUGGUUCAAGACGAAGAGCUUUCUAUAUCGGUUCUUGUUCUUCCAGAUCUCAGGUCUCUUUGAGAGGACCAAGUACUACGCGGUAUGGACCCUUACCGAGGGAGCAGCAAUUCUUACUGGAUUUGGCUUCAGUGGUUACACCUCUUCUGGGGGUACACGAUGGGAAGGCGCUGCGAAUGUGAAUGUCUGGUUUAUAGAGUUCGCCCCUAACAUGAAGGUUCUACUUGACAACUGGAACAUGAAGGCAAACAUCUGGCUCAGGGAAUGCGUUUACAAGCGUGUCACGCCUAAAGGCAAGAAGCCGGGAUUUCGAAGUAGUAUGAUUACUUUUGCGACCAGUGCUUUCUGGCAUGGAAUUUCGGGAGGCUACUACCUAACCUUCUUUACCGGAGGCUUUAUGCAAACUGCUGGUCGUCUCUGCAGAGCUUAUCUCCGCCCUCUGUUCCUUCCUCCGACCUACGUGGCAAGUCGAACCGCCCCUCCUCCGCCCCAGACGCCGUUGAAACGACUCUAUGACCUUGCCGGAAUCGUGUGCACCACACUGAUGCUCAAUUAUGCUGGAGCACCGUUCAUGUUACUCACGAUGCACGAUUCGCUCGCCGGAUGGAGCGCGCUGCAAUGGUAUGGCCACUGGAUGAUUGGGGGGGCGCUAUUGUUCUUCUACAGUGGCGGUAGGCGGCUGCUGAAGGAAGCGCAGGUUGCUAGGGUCAAGAAGGCUGGCCUGUAUGUGGAGAAGAACAUUGCUGAUCGCACAAGGGACGAUUCGAAGGCAGUGCCGAUUUUGCCGCCUGUGGGUGAUGCUGUGAGAGAGAUGGAGACGGAGUUCGAGCGUUUGAUGGACGACGUAAUGUCGCCCAAGGAGGAUAUCUGA